CGGAGAGAUUUGUGUCCACACGCUCCCUCCCCGCGACAGUAACAAGUUUAAGGGGAUGGACAUCCUCACGGUUAAACUCCAAGCUCUCAGGUCUGCACUGUAUCCUCAUCCUCAUCCCCUGCGGAUGACGCGCUGGUGAACCUUCCCAGGGCGGAGGCUGAGGCUUGCGGUUAGGAGAGAGUCCAGAGUUGCGGGCGGACUUUCCGGCCUCACCCCCUCUUCCCUCUCCCCUCGGAGGGGAUGGCGACGUGACCCAGCGACUCCUGCCUCUUCCGGGACCGCCUUAGAGGCUCCAGAGCCUCACCUGACCUUCCCCAGGGAGGCCCCAAGCUCCCUGCUCAGAGCGCAGAGCGGGGUCCUGACCGAGCGGAGGAGCCGGACCAGGCUGCCGCCCACACGCGAGGGAGCCAGGAGGAGACGCUGCGCAGGAGAGGCCCUGUGUCAGUGAGAGGACCGCACUGCUGAGCACCUCCUGAGAGCCGCCUCUGGGUGGAGUUCAGAGCAACCACCUGCGGCAAGAAGAUGGCCAAGAUUAACACCCAGUACUCCCACCCCAACCCGCCCGGCCCUUGGGUGAGGGCCACAGACAGCGAUCUUGAUCACCUGGAAAACGGCCUGAGCAGGACCCGCGCGCCUGGCGAGGAGACAUGCUCAGGACUGCAGCCAGGGAUCGCCAUGGAGACCGGAGGACAGCCUGAACCCAGGCAAGGCUCCGUCACCGUCCCCAGCCAGGAGCCUGCCAGGCUGUGGCGCCUCAUCGUCUCGCUGCGCAUAUGGGCUUCCAGACACGCACACCACCGGGACCAGCGACCGGAUGCUUUCCUGGAGCGUUUCCGCGGUGCCGAGCUCAAGGAGGUGUCCAGCCGAGAAAGCAAUGCCCGGAGCCAGGGCAGCCAGGAGCCAGCAGACAGCGAGAGAAGGGAGAAGGACACCGUGGUGCUGGACCCCUCCAGCAACGUGUACUACCGCUGGCUGACCGCCAUCGCCCUGCCUGUCUUCUACAACUGGUGUCUGCUGGUGUGCAGGGCCUGUUUCGACGAGCUGCAGUCCGAGCACCUGGUGCUGUGGCUGGUCCUGGACUACUCGGCGGACGUCCUCUACGGCCUGGACGUGCUGGUGCGCGCCCGGACAGGCUUCCUCGAGCAAGGCUUGAUGGUCAGGGAUGCCAAGAGGCUGUGGCGGCAUUACACAGAGACCUUGCAGUUCAAGCUGGACGUGUUGUCCCUCGUCCCCACAGACCUGGCUUAUUUCAAGCUGGGCAUCAACUACCCGGAGCUGAGGUUCAACCGCCUGCUGAAGUUUGCCCGGCUCUUUGAAUUCUUUGACCGCACAGAGACGAGGACCAGCUACCCCAAUGUCUUCAGGAUCGGGAACCUGGUUUUGUACAUCCUCGUCAUCAUCCACUGGAACGCCUGCAUCUACUUCGCCAUUUCCAAGUUCAUUGGUUUCGGGACAGACUCUUGGGUCUACCCAAACAUCUCAAACCCGGAGUACGGGCGCCUCUCCAGGAAGUACAUCUACAGUCUCUACUGGUCCACCUUGACCCUCACCACCAUCGGUGAGACGCCACCCCCUGUGAAAGACGAGGAGUACCUCUUUGUAGUCGUAGACUUCCUGGUGGGCGUCCUGAUUUUUGCCACCAUCGUGGGCAACGUGGGCUCCAUGAUCUCAAACAUGAACGCCUCCCGGACUGAGUUCCAGGCCAAGAUCGACGCCAUCAAACAGUACAUGCAGCUCCGCAAGGUGACCAAGGACUUGGAGACGCGGGUCAUCCGGUGGUUCGACUACCUGUGGGCCAACCGCAAGACGGUGGACGAGAGGGAGGUGCUCAAGAGCCUCCCGGACAAGCUGAAGGCCGAGAUCGCCAUCAACGUGCACCUGGACACCCUGAAGAAGGUCCGCAUCUUCCAGGACUGCGAGGCGGGGCUCCUGGUGGAGCUCGUGCUGAAGCUGCGGCCCGCGGUGUUCAGCCCCGGGGACUACAUCUGCAAGAAGGGCGACAUCGGGAGGGAGAUGUACAUCAUCAAGGAGGGCAAGCUGGCGGUGGUGGCCGACGACGGGCUCACCCAGUUCGUGGUCCUCAGUGACGGGAGUUACUUUGGGGAGAUCAGCAUCUUAAACAUCAAGGGGAGCAAGUCAGGGAACCGCAGGACGGCCAACAUCCGCAGCAUCGGCUACUCGGACCUGUUCUGCCUUUCCAAGGAUGACCUGAUGGAGGCGCUCACCGAAUACCCUGACGCCAAGAAGGCCCUGGAGGAGAAGGGACGGCAGAUCCUCAUGAAGGACAACCUGAUCGACGAGGACCUGGCCAAGGCCGGGGCAGACCCCCAGGACAUCGAGGAGAAGGUGGAGCACCUGGAGUCCUCCCUGGACACCCUGCAGACCAGGUUCGCGCGGCUCCUGGCCGAGUACAGUGCCAGCCAGAUGGCGGUGAAGCAGCGCCUCAGCCAACUGGAAAGCCAGGUGCAGCUCUGUGGGCGCAGCCCCCUGCCUGAGGGGGUCGCACCGGAACCGGAGACCAAGCAGCAGUGAAGGCAGGGAGUCUGUCUCCUGCCCAGGGAGUCAGCUGUCCCUGCGAUACGAUAUAGCCCAAGGCAAGGGACUUGGCAGGAGCAUUCCAGCUCCCCCUGCGCUUUGCAAGCAGAGAUCCUCAGCUUCCUCAUCUGGGAAAUGGGACUUGUUCUGUCCGCCAUGGUCAGGUGGCAGGUUCUUACGAGGUCCACAGGGAACCCUGCGAGGGGCGGGACUUUGUGGAGUGCAGGUGUCCCCAGGCCAAGCAUAUGAAAUCGUGGACACUGAACUCUUAUUUUUUCACCCCCGAGGAAUUCUUAGACGUCUGACCUUCCCUUUGUUAUUCAUUAUACACCCACCCCCGCCCCCUCUGGCACCUUCCUCCACCCCGAGCCUGGAAGGGAGAUGUGUCUGAGGCAGAUUUCUGAACCUGGUACCUCCUCAGGGGCUUGUUGUGACCCUAGGAACCCAGGCCUUUGGGGGAGCUGUGCCAAGCUCAGGACGAGGCAAGGUCACCCCACCUGAGGUCACUUCAAGGGGGGGACGCAGAUCCAGACGCCCUGCCAUCCAGCCCCCACGAAACGGAAUCUGUUUCACUGGAAAAAGAAAAGAAAAGAGCGUCUGAGCUGGGGAAGGAGACCUCUCCCUCUAACUUGCCAAGGGAUUAGAGGCGGCUCUCGCCCUGGCGUGGGGGCUCUGGGGAUGGGUUCCCAGCCAAACACAGCUGACAACUGGGACUCCGACAAGAUGAGAUCCUUAGGCCACAUCUUUGCAAACUGCCCCUUCGUCCCAGGAACCCUCGCCCUCCCUCCGGAAUUACAUCCUGAGGCAAAGCUCUUAGCUGGCCAAGAGCACAGAGUGCAGAAUGUAGCUCUUCAACAAACCCAGCCCAUGGAAUUCCAUUACCAUUUUAUAAGCUAUUUAGGCAUUGGGUUCUAUGAUAGUGAAUUACAACCGUAAUGGUCCAUCCUUUGCUUAAAUACCCACUGGAAAUUACCCCAAGAGAACUCCUCCUGAUGCAGGCAAGCCAUACGGGCAGCUUUUCCUUCUCCUCUCUUCAGUCUCUCUCUCUCUCUGCCUCUUCUUCCCUCCUUCCC